CUGUACCAUGAGCAUUAAUUAUUUUUAUCAUACACCUGGAAGAAAAUGGAAUCUAAUAGAAGCCAUUUCCCUUUAUGAUUCAAGCAUAUCUUUUGGCUCUUUUUUUGAGCUUUUAUCAUGUAUAAAAAAAGAUAUAGUCACAGUUGGCCAAACACAAACAUCAAUGAAGAAGUAUCAGACAGCACCUCUUAAUGAUAUCAAUGUAAAUUUAUUUUUGGCUUGAUAGUUCUUCUCUGACUAUAUUUUAUUUUUCAAUUACAGUGCAUCUAUUUUAUAAUGAACAAUUUUAAAAAUCGGGCUCUAUUAGUUUAUGAAGAACUCUCUAAUAAAGAAGAUAAUAGAGCCAGAUUUUU